CCUGGAUUGAAUGAGAUGAGAAAGGGGUUGGCAUUUUCUACCAUUAUGCGUAUAUAAAAGCAUGAAAAUGCUCUUUAAUCCCUUCCUUCAUUUUUUUCUCAUUACAUUCACUGUCCCCUUGUUAUCAUGAAAUUCAUAUUAUUUGCUAGUCUCCUUUUGGUAGUGGUCCAAGCUUUUCCCUUAAAUAAACGUGGUACAGGUGCUAGUAUCAGUGUUAAUUCAAGUCAAGAUUUUUGCUCGUAUUUGCCGCCUGGCCCAGGAAAAAGCGUUUCUGCCACUGAGAGAGACGCUACACCUUUUUGUACAAAUUCGACUACCUAUGCCGAUGCUUUUCCUCCUGGCUUUAUCAAGUCAGCUCAUUUUCUUCGUACACCUACCUAUGUUCAAGUUACGGGUAGAAUCAACCAUACUGUUUAUGACAUUUUAGUUGAAGAUGGUGGAGGCCAAUACGAUGUUAAAAAUCUGCCACAAGGCACCUGCAAUGGUCUAAAGCAUUGGGUCAAUUUAAUCGAACCUGAUAGUGAGCAGUUUUGCAUCAGAUGCUGUCAAAUCAAAACUGAUUGUAACAUUGGUCUAUCAACUUAUGGAUGUCGCCGUAUUGUACCUGGUGAUUACAGCUAGUCUAACCAAUCCCACUUUUAUCUCAUCCACUCAUUAAUAUCAUAUAUCUCAAUAUACUCUCAAG